AUGCCGUACAAGAACCUCCGAGGAUGGACGACGCCGGUUGACGCCGGGGAGGUGCCGGAUGAAUUCUUGUUCGGCAAUGACGAAGACACUGGGACUGAGAGCAAGGGAAAAGACGAGGAAAUGCUGGAAAGAGAGGAGUUGGUGAUGUUGUGUCGAUUUUUGGGAGGAAGGCGAAGCGAGUUGAGAGAGCCGGACAGCGAGCUAGACAGGAGAGACGGGAGAGGAGGGAGGGGGCGCAGGAAGGAGGCAGAGGAGAAAACAGCGCGGAAGAACAAGGCGAGGGAUGUCAUACCGGACAACACCUCGGACGACACCUCGAACGACACGGCGGAGGACGAGACGAAGUAUAUAAAUGACAACAACAAGGAUGACAAGGUCGAUGGACAACAGAGUGCAAAUCCCAUCAAAGGGAUGAAGAAGGGGAUAAAUUCCAAGGAAGGGACAAUCGGACCUAGCCGUGGAAAAGUAAAGGAAAGUGGAAGGGAAGAGGCAAAGGAUCAGCGGGUGAGGCAGUCGAAAACCCAACCGACGAGUACGCCUAUACCUCUACCACAGCGAAGACUUCCAGGAGACGGAAACAAUUCACAUCGUGAAAGACUUAUGCCCUCCAGAGGCAACCCUUCGCCCAUCAAGAAACCAGUGGAGGGCCUUAAGAAAACUGAAGGGGUGAAAUCCCAGCCAUUGAAGCGCUUGGAGACCCAGUAG